AAAAAACUCCCGUCAUUUUUGAAAUUUACGUCACAGGUCCGUGUGAUGGCUUUGGUUUCCUAUGGGAGUUCGGGGGAGGAAUCUAAUGAUGAUGAAGAAGAUUUGGUUGUCAGCAAUGAGAGUACUACAACAGCUAACAGCAUAUUGAAAGACCGAGUUGAACCUGAAUUUAAAAUGAGAGUCCCUAAAAGUGCUAAGCUACCUAACCUUGUCCCAAACAUUCCUAUUGUGAAAACAAAAGACGGUAAGGUUUUGCUUUCCGUCCCCGAUUUGGAAGCGUUGGAUUCGUCAGAUGACAGUGACGAUGAAAGCAGUCGUUCAGCUAAGAAUAACAAGUCCUAUCGAAAUUCUAAACCUGGAACAGAUAAAGUUAGCCUUCUUUCUGUCCUUCCACCAACACGUGCACUUAUUGUCCGAGAAGGGAACAGACCAAUGAUACCACAUCAACUAAUAUCUAAAAAGAAUACAAGUCAUACUGUUAAAGAGACAUUGACUAUGAAAACCAAGCCUGAAAAUGUUGGACAGAAACCAGGCUUUCAGAAUAACAACGGUGACGAUGACGUUUGGGAUGCUGACAUAACCAGCAAACAAGAUUCUGAUAAAGACACUUUAGAGAUAGCUGAUGAAGAUGCUGAAGAAGUUAGUUUCUUUUCAUUUUACAAACCUACACCUAAUAAUCAUGAAGCUGUCGCUUCAGAAAGAGCAGCCGCACUAUCGGCACUACAAGCAACUCGAAAAAAAGCUGAGUUGUCUAGCAAGCCAUUAACUGUAGACAAUGAUGAUAGUAAUUCAUUCAUAACAGUUAAGUUGUCACAUGAUGAAAACUCAACUACUAGUCGACUCACUGCAAAAUCAUGGGAAGAGUGUUUACCAAAGGUUACUAUAAGUGAUCCGGAAAUUCUACGUCAAAUGUCUUCUGUUAAAAAAGAAAUCGCUGAACAAGAAGAAGAUGACAAAGAGGAUGUUGAAGAAAAGGUCUUUUGGACAGAAGAGAAUUUCGUUCCAGGUCCAGAGCGUAAACGUGCACGUCUUGUUAUGCCUGGUACAAAAUCUAACAAUAUUGCUGUAAAUGAAUUAUUACAAUCAACAAAUACAGAAGUGAUAUCAAUUAAUCAAUCUGAUUUAACAGCUGGUGCUCAAUUAGAACUGAUUAAAUCUGUUACAAGUGAUGAUUCACAGUAUAGACCGAAGUCUACAGAUGAUGAUCCUGGCAAAUUAGCCCAUAGAAAGCAUCAGAUCACUUGGCUAGCUCAUCAAACUGUGAAUUGUUUGGAGUGUAUCAGCUGGAUGCUAUAGACUUAGGCUUCAUGCUAGUUGCCACUUAUCAAUAACGAAUACAUUGAAGGAACUAUGCUUCUCAUGAAAUUUCGAACCCACUUUAUCCAGUGUCAGUCAGAAAUGUUGUUAAAACACAGCAUCGAAAGUGGUAUGUACCGCACAAAAUAAAACUUGUUUAUGGCUUGGGGUACUACUCAGGCGCCCAAGGUGAGGCACGUGGUUUUCUUAAGGUUAUUUUUCUCUAGUCCUAAUUCAUAUGAUAGUGAAACAAAGUCAGGAGAUGCAGUACCAUGAUCACCGGUGACCGAAAUGGGUUCAUAUGCCUCUCGUUUCACCAGAAUCAUAGAACACAUACACAAUUGUUAUGGAAUUAAAGUUCUCCAAAUCCCCUAGAUAGACGCUCCAUAUCCACCAACGUGGUUUAAACACUGAAUUUUCGCUUUCUAUCUUCUUUCUUAUGUAAUACCAUCACGUGAAGACGGUGGUUAUAAAUGUGUGGCUAUAUGGGAGUAUUUCGAAAAAUAAAGCGAACUUUCCUCAUCUUCAGUCGUUAUUAUUUAUUUAUUUACUUAUUUAAACACAAACAUGAAUACAAGGAGGCACCAAAUAGAUUUGCGCCACAUAAAUCAUUCAAUUUGUGUGAGGGCUGGGAUACUGCCCAGGUGCCCAAGCCGAAGCAGAUGGUUUUCUUAGGGGGCCACACCCCGAGCCUUUGACAUAAAGGUCUGACCCACAAGGCAUUGAGUGGAAUAACUUCAGGAGAUUCAGUCCCAUGGUAACCGGUGACCAACAAUUGGUUCAUACGCCAUUCAUUCUUUCAGAAUCCUGGAGCCCGUGUGCACCAUCGGUUUGAAGUCAGGGUUUUCCAACUCCCGUAGGUUAACUCUCCGUGUCCACCGACCCGGUUAAAGCGACGGACAUUCGCUUUUCGUCCUGUCAACCUUCUAGACAAUAUUAAUGCCGCGAGAAGGAAGUGAGUAGGACUUCCCUGACAGUGGUUGUAUGCACGUAGCCAUAUGAAAACAUUUAGAGAGGGAGAGUUGACUCUCUCCACUCUCGGCCGUACCAGCGCAUUUUGUGUGCAAACGCAUAAAUACAGCAUAAAAGAUAUUUAUAUUUAAUGACUUGCAGUAGCCUACAUAUAUUAGACAUAUGGUGAAGUUAAAAGAAACAUUGCAACUCGAAAACUUCAUCGUGUUUUUUUUCAAAAUUCUACUUUAUCACUUAAGUUCUUACUCUCUUUACAAUUCUAUUCAAAUAGGCUCAAGAAAAUGAAAUGGAAUUAGAAAAACGUUGGGCGGAAGCAAGACGUAAUAAGGCUUCAAAUCGAGCUAAAUAUGGAUUUUGAUUUCUUAUUAGUCAACUAUAGAAUUGUUUUUCAUCCCGCUGCCCAACUACCAACAUUUUAUGUGAAUAUGUAAAUAGUACUUGUAAUAUGUCUUUUUUUUGUAUAGAGCUUAUUCUAUGUUCCUUCAGUAAGUUUUAUUUGUUUCCACUGUCCUACUGCAAAAUGUAGUAUUUCAUUGUAAAUAUAAUUUGGUCGUUUAUUG